AUGGAACGUAUUGAAGGAAAAUAUUUUGUGAUCACAUUAGAUCAAGAUUGUACAUAUUAUGAAGCCACCAUGUUUAAAGACAAUCUAACAUUAGCCGGUGGACAAGUUGUUAAUGAAAAUAAACUGGAGAAAAGUUUUGAUGUUAGAUUACCUCCUGGAGGUCUUGAAGAUUUAGAUGAAUCCUUUGUUCGGCAUAUUCAUAAUAUCGAACCUAAGAAGGGUUCACGGGAUAUUCUUAGUCAUGAGAGAUAG